AUGUCAACUUCGUCACGACGGCGGAGAUCGCCUUUAGAACGCUCUUCGUCGCGAUCGUCUUCUUCCGCAUCCUUGUCUUCUUCGUCUUAUGCGUCGCCACCACCCCCCUCAACCUCAACCUCAACAUCAUCAUCACCACCAUCGCGAGCACGCACAACGACCGUGUCCACCUCUCACGUCUUCCUCUUUCUCGUCGCCUUCCGUCUGCUCAACGCCUUGUCCCUUCGCACCUUCUUCCAACCCGAUGAAUUCUUUCAAUCGCUUGAACCGGCGUGGCAGACUGCGUUCGGCGAAACCCACGGGGCUUGGAUAACAUGGGUCAUGGCGCAAGCCGUUCUCUCUGCCAUUGGAGAUCUGUAUACGUGGAAAUUAGCCCGUUACGUGUACGGACGUCGCAGUCAUGAAGCCUGGGCUGCUCUUGCCUUGACCGUCCUCAGCCCCUGGCAAUGGUUCUGUUCGACACGGACUUUAUCCAAUUGCCUCGAGACCACAAUUACGAUUGUCGCGCUCAAUCUAUGGACAUGGGAAUGGUCGUCCGAAUCCACACCACCAGCUCAACCGAGGAGGAACACGCGCUCCACUGCGAGGGAUACGGGGGCAAUCGACACCAGCGAUGAAGCUUCUAUUGUCAGGCUGCGCAAGUGUCUUACUCUUGCUGCAUUUGCGUGUAUCUUGCGACCGACAAACAUCCUGAUAUGGAUGGGCUUAGCUAGCGUCGCAUGGUUUCGGAGCGCUUGGCGCGAGCGGACCAUCCUCUGUCGCGAGGUUUUGCUUUGUGGCGUCACGGUUCUCACCGGAUCAGUCGUUCUGGAUCGCCUUUACUACGGACUUUGGACGUUUCCGCCACUCAGAUUCCUGUACUUCAACAUAUCCCAAUCUCUGGCGGUUUACUAUGGGAGAAAUGACUGGCACUAUUAUGCAACCCAAGGCUAUCCUCUUCUGCUUACGACCGCACUACCCUUUACCUUUGUCGGCCUCUAUCGUACACUGACCCAGUCCCGGUCAACCACAGCAAACACUCGGCACGGGUCGGUGCAAACGCAACUAGCAGCGAUUUGUCUAUUCAUGCCGCUGGUGCUCUCGCUCAUUUCCCACAAGGAAGUGCGGUUCAUCUACCCAUUGCUGCCCUCGCUGCAUGUCUUGACGGCCCCGCCGCUGGUGGACUUCUUUCUCCCGGCUGUCUCUCAUUCUAACGAAGCAUACAUGCCCAGACGACUGUCUCUCGUUUUCUUGUUGCUGGUCAACGUCACUAUUGCGAUCUACACAUCUGUAUACCAUGCCUCUGGGGCCAUCAACGUCCUCUCGUACCUCCGCGACCAGCAGCAAGCCCACACCACUGUUGACAACUCUCCAUACUCGCCUGGUGCAUCGCAGCGGAUCACAGCCGGGUUCCUCAUGCCCUGCCACAGCACCCCAUGGCGCUCCCACCUGGUCGAUCCGAACAUUCAUGCCUGGGCGCUUUCCUGCGAACCACCUGUGGACUUGAAUGAGGCUCAGAAGGCCGUAUACGUCGACGAAGCCGAUCAAUUCUACAAUGACCCCAGCCAAUUCCUGCGCAACAACAUGGUUGGCGGACUGCGCCAUCUACCUCGAAAGCCCAGCUACCUGGCUUCCUCCAAACCUCGAGAAACCAACCCGCAAGCCUACCAGCAAGCCACCCCACACGAAUGGCCCGACUAUCUUAUCUUUUUCGCCCCGUUGGAACCCACCCUCCACAGCCUUCUCCGUAGCAGCUCCUACGGCGAGUGUUGGCGCACCUGGAACACCGCCUGGCACGACGACUCUCGUCGCCGAGGCGACAUCAUCGUCUGGUGCCUCGACCCAACUGAACAAGCCGCCUGGCGAUCAGCGACGCGGAAGCGUACCUUUGAGCGUCGCGACCGCCAAUUCGAUCGGAUCACGGACCUGGCUUGGAAUCCAGUUACCGGUGUGGAAGAAGUCCUCAUGGAACCUUCCCUCAUGGACCUGGCCGAAAUCUUCCAAGAAAAAGACCAGAGCCGUUGA